AUGGAAAAGAAGAGCACAUUCGACUUGGUUUCCGACGAUUCCGAUCACCAAUUCAACCUUCACAACAUCGGCGGAAACUGCUUCCGAAACUCAAAGAGUGCCGUCUACAAACGAAUCAUGAAAGAGUGGAAAAUCCUGGAGAAAAACCUCCCCGAUUCCAUCCACGUUAAAGCCUACGAACGCCGAAUCGAUUUACUCCGCGCCGUCAUCAUCGGCGCCGCCGGUACACCCUACCACGACGGUCUCUUCUUCUUCGACAUCGCAUUUCCGGAAGAUUACCCUCACAGCCCACCGAAGAUCCAUUACAUCUCAUUCGGGUACCGACUCAACCCGAAUCUCUACCCUAACGGUUUCGUUUGUUUGAGCCUUUUAAACACAUGGAGUGGUAAAAAGUGCGAGAGGUGGGACCCAUCUACUUCGACUCUGCUUCAGGUUUUAGUUUCUAUUCAAGCGCUAGUUCUCAACGAGAAGCCUCUUUAUAACGAACCUGCUUACCGUGUUUUGAGUCGUUCACUUUUCGAGUCCAAGUCACGUGCUUACAGCGGCGACGUUUUCGUUCUCACGUGCUACUCCGCCGUUUGCCUCAUUCGGAAACCGCCGAUGAAUUUCGAGGAGUUUGUUAAGGAACAUUUUCGUGAGCGAGGGUAUGUGCUUCUCGCCGCGUGUAAGGAGUACGCGAAUGGGCGCGUGAGGCCUGGAUUUUACGGUUACAACAGCAAUACGGAAGUUGUUAAAGUUACGGCUUCUUUACAGAAGCUAUUACGAAAUGCUUAUGGGGUUAUGUUUAAGAGGUUUCUAGAAUGUGGUGCUUCGUUGGAGGGUUUUGUUGCAGAGUUGGAAGUGGAGAAAGAGAUAAAAGGAAAGAGAUCCAACGGUGGGAAAGGAAUCAUCAUGAAAGCUAUGGGGAAGAUCAAACAAGCUUUAGGAUGGAAGAAGGAACAGAAGGAGAACACUGCAUAA